UGUGAAUACAGACUUUAGUGAUGUAGGUGUUCCGGUGCAUCCACAACCGUCAGUCCCAGAGCAAAGAAAAGCAUUUGUCGAUACAAGCGUUGGCAUAGAUUAUGGGCUACGAGAUUCACGGCAGCAACAACCCGUCUACUCAAGAGAUGAUGGUGCGUAUGCGGGCAGUAGUCUCAACACAGAUUAUGGAGUACGUGUAUCAGAACAGACCGAACCUUCCUACCCAGGCGGUAGUAAAUCACAAAUAGAUACUAGCUUCAACACGGAUUAUGGUUUAGAUGUAUCAGUACAGCCCCAACCUUCUUUCCAAGAAGGCAGUAAGUCACAUAUAGAUACUAGCGUUAACACAGAUUAUGGUUUAGGCGUGUCAGUACAGGAGCAACCUUACCUAGGCGGAAAUAGGGGCGCGUAUACAGACACCAGUGUAAACCAAGGUUACGGUUUAGACCCAGAAGGAAGAGGAUCAUAUGUUGAUACCAGUAUAUCAGGGUAUGGUGCACGGGUUCCGGUGCAGCCGAACUCUUUCCUCCAAGGAGGUGGAGGUUCAUUUACGGACAGAAGCGUGAAUAUAGACAGGACCGCAAGUAUAGGCAACGUUAAAAGCGCGAACGACGAUUAUGUAAUACCAAUCGUAGCACAGUAUCCAAACAGCGGUGUCCGUGUAGCAGAUGAAGUGCAACACAUUGGGGUAGAUGCCAUCAUUCCGAUUGUCGCACAUUACCCAAGUACGGGCGUGUCUGUAUCAGGUUCCUCGGGCACUAGAGCCUUCCGUACAGACGGGCAGGAAAACAUUAACAGCAAAGAUUAUGUCAUACCGCACGUCUCACUGAACGAGCGAAGACGGGGUGGAAGUAAUCUCGACCAAGCUUCCUUACAAAAUUUCCAACAAGGUUGGAACAGCCCUUCUACGAGAGAAGGCCAAAUUGCUUACCCACAACCUGAAGGUGAUGUAAACGCUGGGUACUCUAUCACUCCCGGUGUGGAGGAUCGUGGAUACCGUAGAACUGUGCUAGAUGGUUCUGUGAACAUCGAGCCUGAAACCAGUCCAGUUGCGUACGGAACAGACGUCGUUGUACCGCAAGUGUCUCAUGCUCUUAACGGCGGGGUGGGAAUACGUGACAGGAACUAUGGCUCUCCCUCUGAUGACAAUACUGCAGGAACACGGGGGCGGCUACCCGUUGGAGGAAGGAGAGAUAUUACGAACGUUGCCACAGGUGGCCCUGUCAGAAUUGAUACAUAUGAUCGCGGUCAAUCGGAUAGGAAUUCAGCACUAACUGGUAAAUCAAAUCAGGCAACUCUAAAUGAUUUUCUGAACGCUAAUGUUGGUGUUCGUGUUCAAUAUCCUUCCACGAAAGCGGGUACGAAUCCACAGACAGUGUUCAUCAACAGUGACAAGCGCCCAGGUUCUGUUCCAGACGUGUCAGCUCAAGGAUUUACAAUCAAUGGUGGCUCAUCUAUAAAAGAGCAAGGUCAAUCAGACCACGUAGGUGAUUUAUCGCCUGGUCGCGUAAGUCCAAACCGACCAGGUUCCGAAAACGGCGACCGCUUUUUCGUCCGAACUCCAUUUGUUCGUCAAAUCAACACCGAAACUAUACAGCCAUCGAUAUCCACAGAUGUGAUUGCUGGUAUGCGGGGGCCAAACAGUCGUUCAUCCCAAGACGAAACACGUGUGAGUAUCAGUCGCGCAUCCAGUCGCAGGCCUGAUCAAGGCGUUAGACCAAAUCAAUCUAUCUAUUCUAACCGCGGCAUAGAUGAACACACUUCCAACUUCCCACCAAUAAGCAAGCAGCCUGAAUGGGGUCGUCGAGCGAGGACAAGAGUCAAUGUGAAAUUCACAAGAAAUGCGACACGAGAUGCGGUUACGGGAUUACUGAAUAAUCCAUAUAUAGGUCGCGAUGCCUCGAAUAACGUCCGUGUCAGUGUAACUGGGCAUGUCGUAACGCCACUAGAUGACCAGAAUAGUAGAACUUCUCAGGAGAACUCCGUACGGGUAGACGUUACUACACCAGCGUACGAACGCUAUGGACACCGCCCCACAAUUCGUGCUCAGGGCACAGUACUUACACCUUUUAUCACACCGGCUACGAGUCAAGGAAGAGAAGGUCUAGGAAUACGGAACACAUCACGUACCUAUGGCUAUGACUCGAAUAGCGUCCGGGUCAGUGUAACCGGGAGCAUGUUCACGCCAUUACCUGGUGUGUUUCAAACACCUCGUAUAAUUUCAGUUGAGGAUUCCACGCCAAAAUAUACUCCAUAUGGCGUACGUACGAAGGAUGGCGAUGUUUACCCAUAUCGAAUAAAUUCUGCAAGGCCCGGUGAUUCUCUGUCCAUACGGAUAGCUUCUCACGCAGAACCAAACGUUGCGUCAAACGAGGGAUCAACCGUUCAAGUAAAAUCGACGUUUUCCGUGAAGACAGCCUUUUCCGACAAAGCGUCGCAAGCAAAUCCCGCCGAUACCUCAUUCACAGAACCAGACGCGCCUGUUGGUGGUACGCGACGGAAUCCAUAUUCAAGCCUUAUCAACAAUAGGAAACGCACGGGCGGCACCAGGGAGGCCUCGACACAGUCCCCGGAUCGCGUCUACGGCUACCGUAGAACUGUCAGGCCUGGCUCGGAUCUGACGUUAGAGACAGCUACAGCAUCGACGAGACUAAAUGUCUCACCAGAUAACCUGCCGUCUGCUCCUGCUAUAGAAGUGAGGAAUGUUGGAGUAAACUACGACGAUAAUCUUGUCGGUGGUAUAGCGGUAGGCUGCGAUGUCACACAACGGAAAAUGCAUAUAAGUAUCAACUUUAAGCAAAGCUUUACUGGAAAGAUAUACUCCAAGGGUUUCUUCAAAAUCGUGCCAUGCAAGCAAACUUUCGAAGAUGAGAUCUUGGCAAAUUUCAGCAUCCCACUUGAUGCCUGUGGCACAGAAGAAAGAUCUGAGGGAGACACUCACAUAUUUUCCAAUACCAUAGUCGUGAUGACAGACAGCUUCUUUGGUGUUCUCUGGUCAUCGGAUCGCGCCUAUACAGUUUCUUGCUCGUUUAGAUCGGUAGGGGGCAGCAAACACUUAGGGUGGAGCAUUACUGUCCCCAUGCUGGGACGCAACGCAAGAGUUCCGGUCGUGCAGCACGAUAUUCCGACACCAGAGGUCGCGUUUAAAGUAGUCGGCGGCCAAGAUCCUCGGAACGCAAUAGCUGCUGACCUGAAUGUCGGCGGUUACGGAGCCCUCGUAGUUUACUAUGUCCGCGACCCUAACUGGGACGUACUGCCUGUGAACUGUUCUGCUAAGGACGGAACAACGAGAAACCAGAUCCAGCUGAUCGAUCACAACAGUUGUCCAACGCAACGCAAGCUGGUUGGCAAGUUUAGAGAACUCCAGUAUCCAAAUGAUCUAAAUACGUACCAAGUCUCCAUAUUUGAAGUCUUCAAAUUUCCAGAUCAAAAUAACGUGUAUUUCGAAUGCAUGGUGAACGUGUGCCGAGGGAAUUGUAAGCGGGUCUCAUGCGAUCAAUCGUCGAGGAAACGAAGAGACACCAUCGCACGUCAACACUUGGCCAAUAUUGCUCCUGUUGAACAAGUGGCCGUGUUUCAGCAAGUGAAAGUGAAAUUACAGGGCGAGAAUGCUGAGCUAAGCAUAGCAAAGCGGCCUACAAAAAUGCGCAGCGACUGUGUGAACACGAGAAGCGCUGUCAUCGGUGGGACGGCCAUGUUGCUCAGCAUCGCCGUGUCGCUCGUAGCUGCACUGAUAUCAUACAGAAAAUACAGCUUGCUCCAUUACACCGAAACCAAACUGCGGCUCCCGGACCUGAGAGAUGAGAUGAUGCAGACGCGAAACGCCAUGGUGAUGCCUGUACCAGCGCCACUGUUACACUUGUCCUCGAGGUGCAACCAAGAGGCGGAAUGCUGAUGUAUACAUCCUAACUAUAUGUUAUAUAAGUCUUGGCAAAUUUAAACAUUCCGCUUGAUGCGUGUGGUAAAGAAGAAUGAUCUGAGGUACGGAAUACGACGGUGGAUGAAGUUAAAUAUUUAUUAGACCACGCGCGCGCGCGUGUGUGUGUGUGUGUGUGUGUGUGUGUGUGUGUGUGUGUGUGUGUGUGCGUGUAAGUAUUCUAGCGUGUAAAGAAUUAAAAAACGAUAGAAAUCGGGUGUUGACGUUUUGCUAUAUCAUUUCCAUAACAAAUUUUAUUUGUUUAGACGCUGCGAUGCGUUUUUAUGCAUGCGUGCGAGCUUGCGUUCGUGUGCGUGCGUGUGCGUUUUCGUGCGUUAAGAGAGCGAGAGAGCGAAAGAGAGAGAAAGAUAGAGAUAGAGAGAGAGAGAUAGAGAUAGAGAGAGAGAGGGAGAAAGAAAGAGAAAGAUUGAAAGCGAGAACAGAAGGGGAACAGAAAGGGGCACGUGUGAGAGAGGAUCCGGUGCUUUGUUCUUCGUACCACGAAGUGUUAACUAAAGGCUUGCUGUUUGCUAUGUGAUAACUCGUCCACUGGAGCGCAUUCAAAGACUAAUGUAUCUUACUAUAUCUAUUUAUCCGCCUGUCUGUCUGUCUGUCUGUCUGUCUGUCUGUCCGUCCGUCCGUCAGUCCGUCUGUAUGUAUAUAUAUAUAUGUCUGUCUGUAUGUCUGUCUGUCCGUACAUCCGUCCGUCCGUCCGUUCGUCCGUCCGUCCGUCCGUCCGUCCGUCCGUCCGUGUAUAUAUAUAUAUAUAUAUAUCACAUUGCACUGCUCAUAUUUAAAAUAACGAUCAUUAUUAGUGUAUGUCCUAGUUGUGCCUUCUCCUCGUAUUGACCCGCUUGGGAAAUUAAGAUUCCAGCUCCCCCCCCACACACACACAUUGUGAAUAGGUACACAGUCGCGCUGAAGUGUUUUCAUUCGUAUUCUCGCAAAUCGUAAUAAUCCGUAGAAUCGCUGGUUAAACGACAUUUUCCGCGCAUCGUGUCUAUUUUAAUGUUAUCACAAUUACUACUUACUACUACCGUAAGCCUUCCGUAGAGUUCAAUCAAAAACGCAAAUGUUAAUUGCCAUAGUAGCAGGUUAUGGAUAUAGCUGGAGUUUUAUUCAUUUACAAGAUUUCCAUAUUAUAAAAUUAUUUUAUAUGCUGUGAAAUGCUCUGGGUAUGUAAUUCUACACCGAAAAUUCCUACGAAAUUCCCAAGAUUCUAUACCACGACUCGUAUGUUUGUAUUUUGCAAAUUUAUUUAUGAAUGGUGCUUUUAAGCACAUGGCCUAUAUAUACAUUAUUAGCGCUGUUAUGAUAUGUGUGUAUGUGUGAGUAUAUCAGUGCAUAUACGCGUGUGUCAACAGCUACAUUCAACAACUUGUCAUGAUAUCGUGAAAUGUAAAUAAAAAGCUACAGUAACCUUGGUAUACAUUUAAAAAAUUUAA